CCAUGUUUGGCAACCCGUAUUUAAAGUCAAUCCUGUGGCUGGUGUCUUUCGGGGGCAUUGGCUAUGGCCUGAUGCUGCUGACCGAACCAAAUGCCGAGAAAAUUGAGCGCAUAAAAGCCUCUGCCCGUGGUCAUCCAAACCAAACCGACGAUGAGAAGAAGAAGGCAUUGUUUAUGAAGCGUUUGCAGGAGGCGGCCAACACCAGUGCACCAAUAUACAGGACACCAACAGGGGACAAAAGAGACUAGUUAGGAACUUUUUUCGUUUAAAUAUAUGUAAAUUGUUAAACAAAUUCGAAAAAUAUUAA